AUGGCAGAGAAAGAAGCUCCCACCAGCCUUAUCUGGAAGAGCACACUGGAGAUCCCAGCCCUCGGUCGUCCCUUACAUCUGGGAACACUAUAUGAUUGUCGCUCGGAUACCCUCGUCCCUGGUGUCACUUUAUGGGACAAGGAGACUCUAGAGAGAAAUGUGGCAAUAGAAGAUCAAUACAAGACUGAGUUUGACAUCAUCACCUCUGACUCCAUGGAGGAAAAGACCAAUGCCAUGAACAUCACCGGAGAGCUGAAAGCAAGUGUCCUUGGGGGCCUGAUUGAAAUAGGAGGCUCUGGCAAAUAUUUAUGUGAUACCAAGACCUCCCAACAGCAAGCUCGGGUCACUCUCAAAUACAGUACGACUACCCAGUAUUCCCACCUAACAAUGAGCCACCUGGGAGAUGAGAAUAUUUCUUACCAUGACGUGUUUGAUAAUGGAACUGCCACCCACGUGGUCACUGCAGUGCUCUAUGGAGCCCAGGCUUUCUUUGUGUUUGAUCAGAAAGUUUCCUCCAAUAAAAAUGUCAAGGAAUCAGAAGGAAUGUUGAAAGCUGCUAUAACGAAGAUUCCCCUAGUAUCAGUACAAAUUGGGGCAGAGAUCAAAAUGGAAGAGACAGACAUAAGAUCAACUAAAGGGUUCAGCUGUAAAUUUUAUGGGGAUUUUGUUCUUGAGACCAAUCCAGUGACUUAUGAAGAAGCAGUAAAAGUCUAUGCCUCCCUUCCUAAGCUGCUUAGGGACCGUGGGGUGCCCGUCAAAGUCUGGUUGUAUCCUCUGGGGAAACUGAGCUGCAAGGCUGCCAGGCUGGUUCGAGGGAUCAGCAUGAACUUGGUAUGGGAAGCCCAGGACACUCUGGAGAAGUUAUCUGAGUGUGACAUGAGGUGCAAUGACAUGCUGGAGGCACCAGAUCUCUCAGUCUUUUCUGCAACCAAGGAAAAGAUCAGGCUAUUCCAGGAGUUCAAUAGGCUGCACAGACAGCUUUUACAAAAGGAAAUAGCCAAGGUACUACCCCUGAUCCGGGCGGGCAGAGCAGAGUUAGAUGAGCUAACCAGUAUUUUAUCUAGGGAAAGCCAGUCCCCAUUCAGCACCAGGAGACUCUCAGAAUUUCUAGCCGAGAAGGUCUUUGAGAUGAAGGUGAUAAAGUCCUACCUCACCUUUCUGAAGGAGGUGCAGGUCGUAGCUGAUCAGAAUGAGUUGGACAGUGUGGUAUUAGGCUCUCCCCACAGAUUUGUCCUGGUGUUUGCAUUCACCUCCUUGCAGGAGGAAUCCUACUUAGCAGAUUGGAAACAGUGGCUUCGGGAUCCAGCAUCAUUCACUCCUGACUGUGAGCAAAAGCCAUAUUUCUCUUGGGUCAAGGACACAGAGACAAGGAGAAAAGCCAUACAAUUGGCAGAAUCCUUUUCAGCAUUUGCCAGGGCCAAUCAUUCCACUGAGAAGACUCGGUUCAUUGUGGCAUCUGCCCCAGCCCAGGAGAAGCAGGGGGUCUCCAUUUAUCUCUAUAAAAAGGGACUGCAGGUCAGCUCCAACUUUGAACUUCCAGUCAGACCUCCUCCUCCCCAGAUAGCUAAGAUCACAGAAGACAGUGUUGAGCUCACACUAACCCCAUCAUGUGAGAGCAAGGAGAUCACUGGCUAUCAAGUAGAGUACCAGGUUGUAGGGGAAGAGGAUUGGACUGUCAUCCCUGUGUCUGGAAAGCCAGAGGUCCUAAAAGUGAAUGGCCUUCAGCCUUGCACAGAUUAUGUGUUUAGAUUUACAGGGGUUUGUGAUGUGGGACUCACUGAGAGCAGUGAUAUGAGCAUUGCUGUGAAGACACUUCCCUCACCCUGCCCUCCUGGGAAGCCAAAGGUUUUCAUUGCAGGAGCAGAUUAUGUAAUCCUAGUCUGGCAGUGGCCAGAUUUUUGUGGAGUACAUGACAAGAUCAAGGAAUAUAUAAUAGAGUAUAAAGAAGAAGCUGAGGCUGUGGAUGAAGAGGGGAAAGGAAAAUGGUAUGAACACAGAACAGGAUAUAAUGUGAAUUUUUGGGACAUUCAUGGAUUGACUCCUGGGACCGUAUACAGGUUCCAAGUUUCUGCUGUGUAUGAUGGUGGCUGGAUUAGUCAGUGCAGUGAAAAGAGUGACCCAGUGAGAACCCUCUCAACCACAAAUGAAGCUUCAGCCAUAGGUGAUGUUCUCCAUCUGAUAUUCACUUUAUUAUACCAACCGUUCAAAUCACAGCAGAGGAGGGAGACUUAAAGGAGCCAGAACUUUAUUUUAUUCUUAACCAUCAUUUUUCCAAUCAGAUCCUAAGCAAGUGUUUGAGGAGGAAGAAAGAAAUAAAAUAAAAUCCCCACGGAUUUAAGUUUUCUUAAAAGAAGCAGAGAGAUGAGAGACAAGUUAUGUUGAUUUGAAGUUUUUAAAAUAAUGAUAUUUAAAAUUCUUGAUGCUUCAGGCCUUAAGGCCAAGGUUCAAGGCUAGUUCCAGCAGAGAAGGCCUCUUUUCCCUUUUAGAGUGAAUCCAACUCAGCCUGUGUUCCUCCCCUCAUACUAGAAUCACCUGUGUAGUGCAGGACUGGGAGGCUGAAUCUGGAAUCAGGACUAUCUGAUUUCAAAUUCACCCUCAAACAAUUCUUAGCUAUGUGACCCCAGACAAGUCAUUCUCUAUUGUCAGUUUCCUCAUCUGUCAAAUGGGGAUAAUAACAGCACCUACCUCCCAAAGGUGUUGUGAGGUCCAAAUGAGGUAAUAUUUUGUUAACAUUUUCUUAUUAUUAUUUAACUUUUUAAAUUCAUUUUUUAAUUUUAAGUUCCAAUUUUUUCCUUAUAUCAAUUAUACAUUUCAAGUGACACAAAUAAUACAUUCAUAUUAUCCAUGUCUCAACCAAAAAAAAAAAAAACAAACCCAAUCAGAAAAAGGAAAAAAAAAUUAGAAAAUGGAAAAAAACCAUAUACUUCUGUCUGUACUCAGAGUUCAUUAGUUCUUUCUCUAGAGAGAAUAUUAUUUUUUUCAUCAGGAGACCUUUGGAAUUGUCAUGGAUCAUUGAAUUGGUGAGAGUAACUAAGUCUUGUCACCAUUGAUCAGUAUUGCAAUUUUGAUGUUACUGCAGACAGUGUUCUUAUGAUGAGGUCCACUUAACUAUGCAUCAGUUCAGAUAAGUCUUCCCAAGUUUUUCUGAAACCAUUUUCCCUCCUCUUUUCAUGUAGUACAAUAGUAUUCUAUUGUAAUCAUAUAGCACAACUUCUUCAGCCAUUUCUUGAUUGAUGGUCACUUUCACAAUUUUGAAUACUUUGCCAGCACACACACAAACAUUCCUCCACCCCUGAAACAUUGCUAUAAAUGUUGUUUUAGACACAGGUCCUUUUUCUUUUUCUUUGAUUUCUUUUGGAUAUAGACAUAAUAGCUGUAUCCUUAUUCCAUAAGGGAUAUGGAAGUUUUAUAGCCCUUUGGAGAUACAUCCAAAUUGUUCUCCAGAAUGGUUGAACCAGUCCACAGAUCAUCAACAGUACAUUAGUGUAGUCUGUAUCCCAAGAAAAUCAUAAAGGAGGGAAAAGGACCUACAUGUGUGAAAAUAUUUGUAGCAGCUCUUUUUUUUUUUCUUGCUGGCAAAGAAUUGGAAAAUGAGUCAGCAAGAGUGUGUGGUGAUCAACUAUGAAAGAUUUGUUUCUUCUCAGUGGUUCAGUGAUGCCAGGCAAUCCCUCUUAUGUGCCAGAACUCUGAAUUUGAAACAAUAAUUCUUACAAGGUACUAAGUGGAAUUGAUGAGACAAUGGUUGUCUAGCUUAUCAUGAUGCUUAAUACUUCUCUUAAGUUCAAUAUGAUUGAUUGAAUCCUAUAACAAAUAAUGGUUUCCUAGUGAUAUGAUAGGUUUAUACUCAGUGUAGAACAUAUAAGCCAAGCUCUUGGAGCCAAGCAGAGAGAUUCAUUUUCACCUGCAGUCAUGCUCCUGGUGGCUCUCCUGACGGACUGUGAGAGCUCCGAUUCAGAGCUAGGGAAGACAAGUAGACUGGAGGCUGAAGCACAAGUCCUUGGACUCAGAUUCAUUCAUCCCAUCUCACACCCUGUGGUGGCAGACCUGUCCUCCUGCAUUUUCUCCACUGAAACGUAGACUCCAGAAGGCCUUUAAGAAAACUAACCGGGGCCCAGGAAAAGAGACAAUAUUUUGAAAGUGAUAAUAAAGGAUUUGGACUUUAA